CCUGGUGUUGUGUGACUUCUGACAUUUAUUAGUACUGACGUGCAUAGUUUUUGUCACUUUGCUUGAGUUUGAUAUCUUUAUAUUGGUUAAGUAAAUCAACUCAGUCUGUUAAAUCCAUGAUUUCUCCACGAUCAGAGGAGAUGAAGUGAAGUCCUGUUACAGACUGGGUCUACAAAUAGGGGUGUAUUUACCCACACCUCCUUACAAUUGAGAAGACCUAUCUAGUCAAAGACAAAAAUCACACGACGCCAGGUUAUAGUCCAACGUGUUUAUUUGAAAACACUAGCUUUCGGAGCGCUGUUCCUUCGUCAGGUGCUGGUGUUGGACUGUAACCUGCUGUCCAGUGAUUUUUGGACCAUUUCCAGCACCACCUCUAGACUCUCCACAUCCCAGCCAUACCACUGCAGAGCAAUGCGCAGGCGCAGUGCCAGACGUUGUGCAGAGCAUGCGCAGACUCAACGGCAGAGAGGUGCUGGUGUCUCGGGACCGCAAACGGUGAGAAUGAAGGCGGAGACCGAGGGCGUGGUGGAUCCGGUGGGUGAAUGGGAAGACUCCGAAAACUCGCCGUUGAAGGCGAAAACCACCAGAAAUAACUGAUCGAUUCCCCCGUUUGCGCAGAGUGAGGUUAAUUUCACGAGAUAUCAGAAGGGAAGGAUAUGCAGACAGAGACUUCAAACUGAACAUCACAUUACAUCAGGAUCUGGCAGAGUCGCUCAACUUAUCACAAAGUAUCAUAGCGUUUUGAACAUGGAAGGAAGUAGUGCCAUUAACAUUGGGGAGAAACCGUACAUUUGUGCUGUAUGCGGACGAGGCUUCAGCCAAUCAUCUGGUUUGUCAAGACACAAAUGCAGUCACAAUGGGGAGAAACCAUGGAAAUGUGUGGACUGUGGAAUGGGAUUCAACUACCAGUCAAAGUUGGAAACUCAUCGGCGCAGUCACACUGGGGAGAGGCCAUUUGCCUGCCCUGAGUGUGGAAGGGGAUUUACUCAAUUGUCUACCCUACUGACACACCAGAGAGUACACACUGGGGAGCGACCGUUCACCUGCUCCAUGUGUGGAAAGGGUUUCAUUAAUUCAACCAACCUGCUAACACAUCAACGGGUUCAUACUGGAGAGAGGCCAUUCACCUGCUCCGAAUGUGGGAAAGGAUUCACUCGGUCAUCCGACCUGCUGACACACCAAAGAACCCACACUGGUGAGAGACCAUUCACCUGCCUUGAGUGUGGGAAAGGAUUCACUUUGUCAUCAGAUUUGCUGACACACCAGCGAUCUCACACUGGGGAGAGGCCGUUCGCAUGUCCUGAGUGUGGGAAGGGAUUUGCUCGGUCAUCCCAUCUGCUGAGACAUCAACAAGUUCACACUGACAAGAGACCUUUCAAAUGCCCAGUUUGCGGGAAGUGCUAUAAAAGCUCUGGAGACCUGGUGUCCCAUCAACAUGUUCACUCUGACGAGAGACCGUUCAGGUGCUCUCACUGUGGGUUUGGAUUCUUGAGGUCAUCUGACCUCCUUGCACAUCAGCGAAUUCACACUGGGGAGAGGCCAUUCACCUGUUCAGAAUGUGGGAAGACAUUUACUCAAUCAUCUAACAUGAUGAGACACCAGCGAGCGCACAAUGGGGAAAGAGCCAUUCACCUGUUUCGAGUGUGGGAAAGGCUUCAUUCAAAUGUCCAACCUACUGACACAGCAGUGACUCCAUAGUUGGGGAGGACCUUCUAGAUACGUAGUCUGUCAGAAUUGCUGUGAAAUCUUCAGAAGUGGGAUCUGAUCAGCACGUCCACACUGACCCAGAGACUCUGCACAUAUCCUCCAUGCAGGGCUGAAUUCAGGAAAUCAUCUCAACUCAGCGUGCACCAUUAACUUCACAGUGAAGGAGGCCGUUUUCCUGCUCCAGGUGAUGAUAGGAACUUGUUUAUUUACUCCCACUACAGUUAUUGGAUUUUUCUGUUAAGUAUACCCUGAACAUGACCAUUUUUACUGGGAAUAUGUCUGCUGGUUAUACUGGGUAAUAUUCUUUAUAAGAAUCAAAUAAAUCAGCUUCAUAUUAAA